GCAGGAGUGGUUUCGGGACAAGUCUCUGAAUGUCCUUUAGUGGCUGAGCCAGAGCCCGGACUUGAACCCGAUCGAACAUCUCUGGAGAAAGUGAAGGGGUCUGAAUACUUCCUGAAUGCACUGUAUACAGGGGAGUAAUGGUAGUAUUAAUAUUUGAAGUAUAAUUUGUUCUGCAUAGAAAUCAAGAUGUAUAUAGAUUUCAAUAGUGUCUAUUUUUGAUAGUCACAAUACACUUGAAUACAUAUCAAUAUAUUCUCCAUGUCAAUACAAUCUCCAUGUCAUUAUAUUCUCCAUGUCAAUAUAUUCUCCAUGUCAAUAUAUUCUACAUGCCAAUAUUUUCUACUUGUCAAUAUAUUCUACAUGUCAAUAUUUUCUUGUGUAUUUCUUUCAUUCUUAUGUACCUUUUUUCAUUUCUCGUGUGUAUUUAUUUCAUAUGAAGUAGUAUUACUGCAACAUCGAGGAAGAGCAUGCAAGCAAGCAUUUCACUGUACUGUUAACACCUGUUCUAUUCUGUGCAACUGACAGAUACGCUCUGAUUGGAUCUGAAAUAGAUGCCAGAUGUCUAGAUGUCCAUUUGAACCAGAAUUAUGGAAGGGGAAUGACGUUAAAGUCUGAAAGGCAUGAAGAUUAUGAUCACUUGCCCAAAAAUGUAAAGUAGCUAUUUUCAUUUACAUACAGGGGAAGAACCAGGAAGACCAUUCUAGUGAAAGGGUGUAUUUGUCUGUGUGAUGUUUGAGACAUUCUUUUGACCUGGGUAGGGCUCCCUUUAAAAGUCCUGGCAUCCUUUCAUUACUUACAGUACUGCAGUACUACAACAAGCAACUCAAUCCACUUACCAACACAACCACAUGAGAGACAGCUUCAAUGGGUUUGACGUUGGUAAAGUAGAGCUCCACUGUGAGAAGAACAACACAGCCCACAAAACCAAUGACAUCUCAGUGAACAGACUGAUAGUCAGGAGAGGCCAGUCCUUCCUGGUCACCUUUGAACUCCAUGGCCCCUCCAGGCCCACAACAGACUUCCUGGAGCUGAAGGUGGAGACAGGGCCCCAGCUUUCGGAGGGAUUGGGGACCAGGUCAGUGUUCGGGCUACCUGAAGGCCGUUGGAAGGGUUCCAAUCUGGAAGGUCAUGGUUCACCAGGGCUCAGUGCUCCUGGCGGGCUCAAUCACCCUGGACAUCACCAGCCCAGCAGAUGCCCCAGUGGGAGAGUACAGCCUGUCUGUAAAGACCAGCGCCACCGCCUCAGUGGGCUGCAGCCUGGGCAAGCUCCUUCUGCUGUUUAACUCCUGGUGC